AUGACGUCGGUCAAAGUAGCCGUUCGUGUUCGACCAUUUAAUGCACGUGAACGAACACGUCAAGCCAAAUGUAUUAUUCGUAUGGAUCAACAUGAACAAACAACAUUUAUACGAAAUCCAAUUGAUGAUACAAUAAAACAUUAUAAAUAUGAUUAUUCAUAUUGGUCAUGUGAUGAAUAUAUAAAUAAUCAAAAAUUUGCAACACAAAAACAAGUUUAUCAAGAUUUAGGCAUUGAAAUGUUAGAACAUGCUUUUGAAGGAUAUAAUGUAUGUAUAUUUGCAUAUGGACAAACAGGUGCCGGAAAAUCUUAUACAAUGAUGGGAAAAAAUGAAUCUGAACAACAAGGUAUUAUACCUCGUUUAUGUGGUGAAUUAUUUGAACGUAUAACAUCAUCAACAACACCAUCAUCAUCACCAUCAUCAUCUCAUAUAAAACCACGUUAUACAGUUGAAGUAUCAUAUAUGGAAAUAUAUUGUGAACGUGUACGAGAUUUACUUUCACCAAAAAAAAGUCAAUCAACUAAUGUUGGAAGUUCACAUAAUUUACGUGUUCGAGAACAUCCAAUUAUGGGACCAUAUGUUGAAGAUUUAUCUCGUUUACUUGUAACAUCAUAUGAUGAUAUAUCAAGAUUAAUUGAUGAAGGUAAUAAAGCUCGAACAGUAGCAGCUACAAAUAUGAAUGAAACAUCAAGUCGAUCACAUGCUGUAUUUACAAUAUUAUUUUCACAAUCAACAUAUGAUAAAAUGACUGAUUUAACAGCUGAAAAACAAUCGAAAAUUUCUUUAGUUGAUUUAGCUGGAAGUGAACGUGCUGAUGCAACAGGUGCAACAGGUGAUCGAUUAAAAGAAGGUGCAAAUAUUAAUAAAUCAUUAACAACACUUGGCAAAGUUAUUGCAGCACUUGCUGAAAUGAGUUCAAAAAAUCGUAAACCACGUUCAGAAAAAAAAGGUGAUUUUAUACCAUAUCGUGAUUCUGUAUUAACUUGGUUAUUAAAAGAAAAUCUUGGUGGUAAUUCAAAAACAGCUAUGAUAGCAGCUAUAUCUCCAGCCGAUAUCAAUUAUGAAGAAACUUUAUCUACACUUCGAUAUGCUGAUCGUGCAAAAGCAAUUGUUUGUAAAGCUGUUAUUAAUGAAGAUGCAAAUGCUAAACUUAUACGUGAUUUAAAAGAAGAAAUAAUUAAAUUACGAGAAUUAUUAAAACAUGAAGCUGGUAUUGAUAUAUCACCAGAUGGUACAACAACAUCCAUUGUAUCUACAACAACAACAACAACAACUAAUACGACUAAACAUCAACGAUUAAAAUCAACUUCAUCCCAAAGUAGUGAAGAUGCAUUAGAACGUUUAAAAGAAAAUCAAAAAUUAAUGGAUUCAUUAUGUAUGUCAUAUGAAGAAAAAUUAAAGAAAACAGAAAAAAUUAUGGCAGAAAGAGAAGCAGCUUUUCAUGAACUUGGUGUUUAUUCAAAAAAUGAUGGCAAUGCUGUUGGUAUUUUUUCACCAAAAAAUUCUCCUCAUUUGGUCAAUCUUAAUGAAGAUCCAUUAAUGUCUGAAUGUUUAAUGUAUUUUAUUAAAGAUGGUACAACUCGUGUUGGUCGUCCUGAUGCACCUGUACAUCAAGAUAUUGUUUUGUCAGGUUCACAUAUAGAACCUGAACAUUGUAUAAUAACAAAUUCUCAAAAUAUUGUUCAUUUAAAACCAUGUAGUGCAACAACAAUGUGUUAUGUUAAUGGAAAAAAAGUUGAUUUUGGUACAGCUGUUGAUUUAGCAUCGGGAUCUCGUGUUAUAUUUGGUAAAUCACAUGUUUUUCGUUUUCUUAAUCCUGAACAAGCACGAAGAAAGAAUACAAAAACAGAAUCAUCUGGUGAACCAACAGAUUGGAAUAGUGCAAUACAAGAAUUAUUAGAAAAACAAGGUGUUGAUAUAAAACAUGAAAUGGAAAAAAAACUUUUAACAAUGGAAGAAGCAUUUAAAAGAGAAAAAGAAGAAGCUGAUCGUCUUUUACGUGAACAAAAACUUGAAUAUGAAUCUAAAAUAGUUGAAUUACAAAAACAAGUUAUGGAAACAUCAAUGAGUCAAUCGAUGCUUUCAUCUAUUUUAUCAUCAUCAGGUUUUGUUGAUGCAGCAUCAUUUAAACAAAAUCCAUUUCAACAAGAUUUUAAUGAAAAUGACAAUGAUACACUUAAUUAUUGUUCUUGGUCAGAACAAGAUUAUCAAUUAGCAUGGUGGGCAUGGAAAAAAUGGCGUUAUCAUCAAAUGACAUCAUUACGAGAUUAUUCAAAUCGUAUUCAACCUAUUUGGUUGAUUAAGGAUCUUUUAUGGGGUAAUAGUGUUUAUUUAAAAGAAGCAAAUGCAAUAAGUGUUGAAUUACAUAAACGUGUUCAAUUUCAAUUUGUUCUUUUAACUGAUACACUUUAUUCACCGUUACCUGCUGAUUUAUGUUUAUCACCAUCAUCAUCACAACGUACAAUUGUUGCUGUUGAAGUACAAGAUUUAAAAAAUGGCGCUCGACAUUAUUGGACAUUAGAAAAAUUUCGGUGA